AUGAAAUUAUGUAAAGAAGAUUUUGAAGAUGAAGAAAGUUAUUAAAAAAUGAGGGCUUUAAGGAGAGCUAUAAGAAAGAUGAAUAAGGAAAGAAAAACUCAAAAAGAAUAAAGGAUGGUAUCCUACAAAAGUAUUAGAGUUUAAGAUGUUUAACUGUACUUCAACUUAGAUUUUACUUAAAAGCUAUUUAUGUUUUAUGGAGAUUUUUUUGUGAUGACAGAUUAUAAUUAAACACCUCAUGAUAUCGCAGAGCAAAUUAGCUUUUUUAAAGACAUAAAAUAUGUUUUAAGUGCAGAAAAAAUUGAUAAAAAAUAAAUAGUUUUUUUAAAUGUUGUUACAAAAGAUACAAUAAUGCACACUCCGAUUGAAGUAUUGCAAAAAGUUAUCCAGAAUAAACCAGGAGAUUAACUUUUAUAGUAAUUUUGGCCUCAUAUUUAGUAAUAUUACACUAAUCUGGAAAUUAGAAAAUCUCUAGUUUGUUAUUUAAACUCAAUUUACACUGAGGAUCAAUUGAUGUAAAUAAAAUAACUCAGAAACGAGUAUUUUGAUAAAAAAAUAUUAGAAUACAUUGAUUAAAAUUUCUCUCAGUUAGAUUUUUACAUUUACUAUAAAUAUUCUUAAGCUGGGCUAAAUGAUCAUUAUCUUCAAUUCACUAAAAUAGGAAUCUCCUAUUCACUUAUUGCUCUACUAGGUUCAGAUCCAGAUAUGUUUAUAAAUAUAAGUAUGCGAAAUGGAUUUAUGGAAUUUUCUUCAAAGUCUGACAAAUAGAAAUCAAUUUAUUAGAGUUUAAUUUGUUCUCUUUUAGUUAAUUAAGCUAAAUCCUUAAAGUGUGGUAAUGAAAAAACUACACUAUUAACUUUUGAUGAAUAUGAAAUUAACACUGUUAUCAAUUGUAUAUGCUUUACUUGCGAUUAUCCUCCACAUCUUAAUAUUGAAGUAAAUGGAAAUAAUUUUACAACUGAAGUAUGUCAUUUUAUGAAUUACGAGAUAGAUGAAAAUAUCAUCUAAUCUAUUAUUGCAAAGAGAACAAAAAACCCUUAAUUCAUGCAGUAAUGGGAAAACGAAGAGUUUGGCUACACAAUGGAAAGUCAAGUUUUUUUAGAAAAAUACUAUAAUUAAUUGCUCUAAAAUAAAAUUACUUAAAUUGAAUAAAAAUAUGUCCACGAAAAUAAAUAUUAUUACAAUAAGCAAUGCAAUUAUAAACAAAUAUAAAAUGAAAAUUUGAUAUAAAAUGAAUUAGAUAAUUCAAGUAAAUUACUACAUUUCAGAAAUAAUGUUUGUUAAAAUUGA